AUGGCCGCCGUGGAGGCCACAGCAACGGCAGCCACGAUGGCAGUGGUUAAUCCAAAGUCUCGUCGCUGGCGAGAGUUAUUUGCACUGGCAGUGGAGGACCCCUACCUGGGAGCUCUGGGGACACCCCACAUCUGGAGCGGUCCCGCCCUCCGCUACGAGCCCACGGGACCUGCCCUGUGCCCGCAGACUUCUGAGACACCCCCCCCCCCCCGACAGCUGGUUGACCCACACGGCCCUCCGUAUGGGCUCAGGGUGGCCGUCACCUUCACCUGCGACCCGGGGUACCUGCUGGUGGGCGUGGCCUUGGUUUUCUGCACAGAGGAGGGCACCUGGAACUCCCCGGCCCACCACUGCGGAGAGGUGAACUGCAGCCUGCUGUGGCCGCUGGACGUCAUGGUGGCCUGUGAGGAGGGCUACACGCUGCAGGGCAGCCCCGGGAGCCAGUGCCAGGCCGACCGCUGCUGGGCGCCCCGGCUGGCCAUCUGCACGCCUCGCCCCUGGGGCAGCCUUUCUAGCCAACGUGCUCCUGGCCCUGGCCUUCGUCCUCCUCCUGCCCACCGCUGGCUCUUGCUGGGGUUAUCGCCAAAUGCAGGAAGUGCAAAGGUGCCGACAACACACCUGGGCAAGCAGCGACCCCCUUGA